AUGAUCAUAGUUUUGAUAUAAAUUCUCUUUACGUAGACUUUGAGUAAUAGAAUCACAAAUCCACCAGUGAAAAUUAUAGAUGAGUCGUUUACAUCAAAUGAUUUUUAUAGAUAGGCAUCUGAAAUUAUUGAAAUACCUUAUGGAGCGUAAUAUAUAUAAUCCAUAUAAUCUUAGUUAUCCAGGAGUUUUUGCAAUUGACUUACACCAAAGAGUGUAAGGAGAGAUUAGCAAUAAAAGCAUUAAUUUAGGAGACUUUGAGAAAGUAGAAGAAGAUCUUUUAGAAGAAGAUGGUUGUUUUUCAAUUUAGAGGAACAUUGAGAUCAGUAUGAAAUUAAAGCUUUGGCUUGACAAAAAAGGAUUAACAAGAGAUAUAUAUUGUACUGAUGUUGCCUUGGCUGAAAAAUUUAGGAAGGCUUAUGUUGUUAGAAAUGAUUUCUAGAUUCUAUAAGUGGAUUUGAAUUAUGGUCUAUUCAAAUUAUCACUAGACCCAAUUUAAACUUCAUUUGCAAAUAUGCUUGACUAUGAUGAUGAAAAUAAUGAUUACCAUCCUUAUUUAGUAGGAGAUAAGAAAUCAGAUAAAGUAUUUAUAUUUACAACAAAUGGGGGUUUGAGCUUCGAGACUAAUUCUAAAUUAGAUAUAGAAUUUAAAGUUGAAAAUGAAAUUAAAAAAAGAGAUAAAAUAUACAAUGUUCACUAUAACGAAAAGCAUUAAUUAAUAUUUGUGGCAUGUGGAUAUGAAGGUGUAGAUAUAUAUAAAAUAAAUAAUGGAAAUUUAGAAUUGUUAAGAGAUAUAUCAACAAAUUAUUUAGGAAUUGAUAGUUAAAUAGUUGAUGUUAAUAGUAAUGGAGAAGAUAGAUUAUAUGUAUUAGAUUUAGAGAGAGGAUUAAAAUUUUAUUGGAUUAAAAAUCUAAUGGAACUUGUAUAUGAAUUUACAAUUACUAUUUCGCAUGCUCAUAGUUUUGAUUUUUAUGAUAAUACAUUUUUUAUUGUGGCAAAAACAAUCAAUAAAUAAGAUUUUGCAAUAGAGGUUUUUGUUAAUUAAGUAACUUACGAUUAUUAUAUUAAUAAUUAUUUCUAUGAUGAAAUGACCAUAAAUGAUGUAAAUGUCUUUUAAUAUUAUGCUGUUUUGAUUGGAGAUGAUGGACAUAAGAUUAUUUAUCAUUCAGUUUAUGAAGGUAUAGAUAAAUAUUAUUAAAUAAAGGUUUUUUAAAUGAAAAUUUAGUUUCUCAUACUACAUUCUAUUAACCUAAUUUGAUAAAGGUCAAAGAAUUUGAAUUUGAAGGAGAAGAGUACUCAAAUCAAAGAAUAUUUGCAGCAAUUAGUAAAUAUGAAUUCUAAUUAAUUAAUAUAAUAAUGAAUAUGCCUAAGAUAUAAUGUAAAUAUAGUGAUGCUGGUGUGAGAUAGUUUUAUGUUAAGAUUAAUUCAACUAGCUGUGCAAAAAAGGAGAAAGAGAAUAAUUUAAAUUAUUAAUUUACUUUAUGUAAUGUAUCUCAUUCAUUCACUUUUACAACAACAGAAGUAUGUUUGAUAUUAAAUAUUAUUAGUUAGCAGGAAAUUAUAAUACAUAUGCUUAUUACACUUUAACAUUAUAUGUGUUAAUAGUAGCUAGUAUAUGGGUAGUUGUUCUUUUGUAUUAUUUAAUAAAGAAGUGGGGAUAUAAAAUAAAAUACUUAAUUUGGAGAAAGAAAAUUGUAGAUGCAACUGCUCCAUAUAAUGAAAGUUUUGAUAUAAAAGAAACAGAACUACCAGAAAAAUAAUAAAAAUGA